AUGUACAACGGAGUGGGAAUCCUCACGCCGCGCGGCACAGGCACCAGCGGCCAUGUACAGACCAACAAGUUCAACUUGCGCCGCGCGCCAGUGCCCAAGUUUGGCGACGGCCAGGAUGGCCCGCAGCACACCGACAGGAAGCCCAACAAGGAGAUCCUGGAGCACAAUCGUAGGCGCCAGCUGGAGAUAAAGCUGCUGGAAUUGAGCGACCAGCUGGAGGAGGCGGGGCACACUGCGGCCGAGAUAGAGGGGCUGCUGGCCCAGGAGAGGGCGAAGCUGCAGGAGGAGUUUGAGAAGCAGCAGAGCGGAGCCGCUGCGGACGCCAGCAACGAGACGCACGCGGUGGCUGCGCGCAAGCAGGAGCAGAUGGAGAAGCUGCGCAAGGCGCUUGGCAUAAAGGAGGACAUCAAGUGGGGCGAGGCGUUUGACCCAGAGGCGCAGGCGCGGCGCAAGGAGGAGCAGAAGCAGGCGCGUGAGGAGGAGUGGCGCAAGCGCAACGAGGAGCGCGACAAGCGCAGGCAGGAGGCAGAGGCCAGGGAGAAGAGCCAAGGGCCGGACUCCUGA